UGGGGUCUGGGUGCAGGGCACUGAGGUUAGGAGAGAUAGGAAAGGCAGGGACCCAAUGGAAAUUCAAAUGUUCCUACAUCUCUUAGUAAGUGGCCCAGAAGAUUUCCAAGGACCAGUGCGCUGUAUAUACAAAUAUCUUCCUUAAAACCCCUCAGUUGUACCUGUGGAACCUCCUCUGAUUUCAGGUUCUUGGACUCCAGGAAGCCCACCUGGGCUUUCGAGGGGCCAGAGAGAAAGGGUUAGAUGAAAACAGAGCUCUAAAGCAGACCUGAGGGAGAUCUGGUGGUGACAGCUGCUUCCCAGCCCUGCUGCUGUCCCGUCAUGCUCUGCACCCUGCCCAGCCUCAGCAGGUACUUCUCCCAUAUCCUGGAGAAAGGGAACCCUUUCUGCUUUUUGGAGGCUUCAGAACUAAGUUCAGGCCAGCAUCCAGGAUGUGUGGAACAAGGAUGACGGCUGACUUGUACACUUGGGCAAGUUCAGGCAGCAUGGCCCACUUCCGGGAAGGCCUGGAUUCUAUUUACUCUCGAUGGAAAACCCCAGCCCAGCAGUGCCUGGACUGGACUGGAGAAGGCAGACAGGCAUCAGGAUUAGGAUCAGGUACCGACAGACCAGUUCUGUUCAGUUGUUAGAGUCUCCUCUGCUGCCCCCUCUGGCAAUUGACAGAGGACUCCUAUGGAGCCCAGUCCUCAGCUGGGGGACAGGACUGCACCCACUCUCCCCUGAAGGCAGCCAGCACCUUCAGGGCUGAAGUCCCGGGAACACUGCAGAGAGGGAUUUCUUUGGCUUCCUGGAAGAAGCCCUGGGAGAAUUUUUAUGAAGUACCCGGAUUUCAGACACAGACGGCCAGACUGUGCAGUUCAAGGAGUGGGGCUGGGACCAGCUUCCUUUGUGGAGCCCUGGAGGAGCAGGGGCCCCAAAACUUGUGCCCUACCUAUACCCUGCCAAGCUCCAACACUGCCCCUGGCCACCUGUGUCUCCUCAAGCUGGAUGAUAAACCUCUAUGCUCCUGGAGGUGGAGCCAGCCCUCUGAGCAGGAUAAAACCCCAAUCAGAGGAGUCUGGUGUGGGCACAGCCUGGGAAUGGCCCUCUGGCUCCUCACUCUCUGCCAGCUCCAUGGCCAACCCUGUGGAUGCAUUGCCAGCAGGCCAUGCCAGUGGGUUGGGUCCCCACCGGAGAAAGCGGACCACCUUCAGCAGAGGACAGCUGCUGGAGUUGGAGCGGGUGUUUGCAGCACGGCCCUACCCUGACAUUGGCACCCGUGAGCAUCUGGCCCAGGUCACCUGCCUUCCUGAGGCCAAGAUACAGGUGUGGUUCCAGAACCGGCGGGCCAAGAGAAUCAAGAACAGGAAGCCAGGAGGCCUAAACUCCAGGCCUGAGCCCCCCCAGAGACCCGGUUCUCUUUCAGAUGCCCUCCAGCAGUCUCAGGAGCCCCAAACACUAGGCCAGCUUCCACUCUCCAGCAGCACAGCUCAGUGCACCUCAGGGUGUCGACAUGCCUCCUGUCCGGCUCCUGGCUUGGGUCCAGGGCAGGGCUGGGUGGGGGCUAAAGCUGUAGCUCCUUGGGGACCAGCUGGGGCUUCAGGGGUCCAUCUUUCUUCAGAGCAAACUACUCCCCAGACCUCACUGGGCAGCCUGUCUGAACUCAUCUAUGCCUCGGCCAUUGUCACCAACCUGGACCACUCCUCUAGCUCCUGUAGCCCACCUGCCCCUUGA